AACUUGGAAAGUAGCUUUUCUAUAAGCACCUCCAGCUAUCUUAGAAUUAACUUUUAUAUUGAAAGUAAAAAAAACGUUGAACAAUGUCUACCACACUUAACGUCGCUCGCUACAGUGCUCUCCUUUCAGGUGUUUUCUACGGCAUCUACCACCGCCGGUCACUGCAAAAAGCCCAUGACCAAGACAAAGAACACCACGCAAUACAUCAACGUGAACAGUUGAUAGCACAGGCAAAGGAUGCAUGGAGACACAAGCAAGAGAGUGCAAACGGGUCGGAUGGUGUUAUCACAAACCCGGAAGACCCACGGUUCGACCUCGAGAAGCUCGUUGCCAAAUGGGAGAAAGAUCUAUAAUCGUCGUGUAGCCUGCUUUCCUCCGUCAACUAUACCUAGAGAUCACUGCCAUCACUCUCGUGGCAGACGUGAAUUCGGCAUAUGAGCAAUAUCAUUCGAACUGCUCUAAUGAGUUUGUCCCUAGUGCUGCUCGAGACGCGUUUAACUUAGUCUAAUGAACGAA